UUGCAUAACAGUUUUGAAGAAAAGUACAGACCAACUGAUGGAAAAAUAUCAAACAUCAGGAAUCGAUUGUCGGAGCUCUUCAGUAAAUGAAUGUUUCGUUGAAUUGUUAGAUGAAAUUUUAGGUAGAUCAAUGAUGAAAUCAUUCAGCGAACAAAAUCAAUAUGAAUAUUAUGAAUUUGAGAAAGAAUUUGAAGGCAUCAAACAUAGAAUUAGCGGAGAAACAACCGGUAAAGCCACUUUGAAAUUUCCAAUUUCCCUGGAUGAGUUUUUAGUAGGAAGUAAAGAACGUAAUUUCAGCUCCUUAGUUGAUUCUUCAAAAUAUAGCAGCAACAUAUCUGUAGUUCGAGAUAAACUGCGCAUUAACUAUGACAUAUUACGAAAUUUAUUCAACCCAACUAUUGAAAAAAUCAUAUCUGUUAUAAGGAAAGUUUUAACAGAUUAUAAACAGGAACAUAAUGUCACGGAUAUCGUCAUGGUAGGUGAAUUAGCAGACUGCCCUUUACUUCAAGAUGAUGUGAGAAAAUGUUUUCCUGAAAAACGCAUCAUCAUUCCGGACGAUGUCGAAAUGGCAGUUAUAAAAGGAGCAGUGAUAUGUGGACAUCAGCCUUGUCAAUACAUAAGAAUGUCGCAAUCUGAGGACCAGUCGGAAUCAAUUUUGACAAAAUUAAGCCAGCUAAAUAGAGAUGACUUUACGGAUCUAGUUGCUCUGGGAACAUUUGCUUCCUAUGAAAACAGGGUGUAUUUGGCUGGACCAUGUAAAACUGGAAAAUCAUCUCUAGCAAGUAUUUUAAUUGGCGAAACAAUUCCAAAGAACUGGAUUUCAACUGAUGGACUUAUUAUCCAUUUUGGUAGAAAUGGUAUCAAUUUAGAACAAAGAAAAAUGAUUCCACUGAAAAAGGGUAGUGGUGAUGUUUUAACGAAACUUUUGCUUGGAAAUCCUGAAUUGAAGAAACAACCUGGACUUUCUAAUGUUUCCCGGAUGAAUCUGACUGACCAUGAUGAUGAUAAAAAAGUCGAUAAAACUUCAUUGCAAAAAAAAAGCCAAACUGAACAGAAAAUAACAAAUCCACAGAAGAUUGUUCAAUUGCAUCAAAAACAGCAGCAAAUAAAACCAAAUCCAUCAUCUAGACAGACUCUUGUUGGACGUCAAAAGGAGCUACCCAAACCUGAUCUUAAGAAAAUGCAAGACUUUCAGAAACGACCAAUUUAUACUGCAAAAUCAAUUCAAGAUGACGUUUUGGAAAAAAUUAAGAAGAAAUCUUAUAUGAUGGACAUAGCUCCAUCAGAUUUAGUCGAUUUUGGAGGACAAAAAUCGUUUGAUAUGACACACCAGUUAUUCAUACAGCACAGGGGAACGUUCAUUCUUUUGUUUGAUGGACGAAAAGGCCUCAAUACAGAAUUGGACGAAUAUCCACAAGGAGAUAUUACAGCGGCAUCGAUUCUGGAACAUUGGAUUAAUUCUGUAUUGACUUAUUCGAACAAAAGUGACGAUAAAAUGCCGAGAAUUGUGUUUGCUGCCACACAUAGUGAUAGCUUUACAGAGGAUGAGAAAGAAAAACUAUCCCUAAAGUUCAAAGAGGAGCUGACGGAAAUGUUUUCCUCACACAAACUUCAGGAGCAUAUUAUGUAUGACAAAGUCUUUUUCAUCAAUGCAACAGACGCAGAUGACUUGAAUAUAGACCGAUUAAAAGAUACAUUAGUUGAUAUCGCCUUCCAGCAGUCAACAUGGGGACAGAGAAUGCCUAUCAUAUGGGUACCUCUUGAUUUACAGAUAACAAAACUUCGAGCAGAUGGGGUAAAACUGAUAACUAAAGAAAGGCUUAUGAAAAUGAACGAGUCAAAUAAUGAAUUAGCGCUAAGUAGAAGAAGAGUAGAGGAUUUCUUACUGGUUCAACACUCUAUAGGAAAAUUAUUGUAUUUUGAUGAACUUUCUUUAAGAGAGUUCAUUGUCGUUCAGCCAACAGCAAUGGUCAAUAUAUUAAGAGCUUUCAUUACAGACAUAAUAUUUUGGCCGAAAAAAGGACCCAUUCGAAACAUACUGGAUAACUUAUCUUCAACUGGAGUUCUAAAGAAAAAAGAUCUUUUAACUCUUUGGUCACAACCAGCUUUCAAAGAUAUUUUGACGGAUGAGAGAACAAAAGAAUAUAUGGUUCAUGUCCUCCUUCACCUUGAUAUCCUUGUCGAACCAAAACGCUUUACUGAAAUGGACAAAGCUGCGGAUUUAUUUUUGGUACCGUGCAUCGUAAAGGAAAAAAUCCCAAAAAAAAUGCUGCAGAAUGCAAGAGAUGACAGAACAAUAUGCAUAGCUUAUCAUCUAAAAGAGACAGUGGUUCCUUCUGCAUUGUCUUUUAGGGUUAUUGGUGCUUCAAUUAGCAUAUGGCCUUUGAAAAUAGUGAAAAGCCGUUUUUGUCUCUAUUUUCAAGCUGCAAUUAUGGAUGCUGAUAGCAAAAAUGAACUUCAAAUUCAUGUGAAAGGACAAAGAAUCGUGGCAUACCUUAUAAAUUCAGAUUCAAAGCACCUCAUCUCACCAGAUCUAGCGACAACCACACAAGAAUGCCUGACAUUAGCAUUAAGUCGAAUUCUACAGUUUUAUCGUCGUUGUUUUGGAAAACAAGAUCAUCAAGCUACGUCAGAUCUUUUAGAAAUAGAAGUUGGUGAGAUGUGCAAGGGUGAGACAUGUUUAAUACCUAUGUCUGAAGUCAGAACAAAAAAGUAUUGGAGAUGCAAGAAUGGGAAAACACAUGAAACAAGAUGUCUUCUAAAUUGGAUUUUUGAUAAGAAUAAAGAGCAUUGUGAACCAAACUGUACAGGGCUUAAAAAAGAAACUCUUCUACUGAAGCCGAAUGAUCAGCAUUUUGUACAGCUAGCAAGAAUAAUAGGGAUUGUCGAUUUCCACGACUUCUUCAUUCAGCUAGGCAUGGCACAAUCAAAUUACGACAACUUAAAUUUUCGUUAUUUCUCAAACCCAAUGGAUUUUAUGCUGAUGGGACUCUUUGAUUGGAGGGAUACAUCAGAAAGCAGCCAAGUGAUGGCAACAUUUGAGAAAUUGUUGAAAGCACUGACAGCUAUAGAGAAGCCACACUAUCUGUGUCAGGUACACAGAGAGGACCAUAGUUUAGCUGAAAAAGCCAAUGCUUGCCUGCAAGAUGUUCCUUCAGAUAUUGUUAUUAACAGUUUGACAAAAAAGAAGCUAAUAGGUGAUUGCGUGGUUCAUUUAGGGGUAGAAUUAGGUCUAAGUAUAGGUAACAUAAAGGAAACUAUGCACAACUUUCCAAGAGAUUUAAAUGGUCAAAUACACGAUCUCCUCGUAAAAUGGAAAGACUGGAAAAAAACUAACCGGGUCAAACCAACCAUUUAUCGAUUAAUGGUAACAUUGAAACAUGUUAAAGCGGCUGAAGGCUUAGCUUUUUUGAAGAAAACUUAUGGUGUGGAGUAAGAUUUCGCGUACAAAAAAGGACAGGAACCUUGUCAGAGUAGAUAUCAUCCAUUUUAUUAUCCUUGUUUAUAACUGUAAUAUAUAACACUUACUGCGGAUUCACUGUUUUAUUUGAGGUAUUGAUUUUUAUGAUUGGAGGAUAUUUGACUGGAUUAGUUGUUUCAUGCACAUAUUUUGUACUCCAAGACCUGAGUAAAGAUGUAUGAGUAAAAGUAUAAUGUUGGGAUAAAAUCAUAUACAAGCGAAUACUAAAGUGAGUUUUUUAUUUUGUAAAAGCAUAAUUUACUACUUCAUGUACAUAACCCAACCAUUAAUGUUUACUGUAUACAAGAAGACUAGAAACGCAACCCAAAAUGUGAAAAGUAUACGAGCUAAAAAGAUACAAAGUGACCGACACUUUACUGGCCGGAAAAAGCUUUCAGAUAUAUGCAAUCAUUCUGUGAAAUUUUAAAAUAUUGGUGAAAAGUGGGAGGAAUUGAAACUGGUCUGUCAGUGAAAAUAGCUUAGUUUAAAAGUUAGAAAAAGUAUCAAAUUAAUUUAUAAAAGCAUUUGCAGAUCAAUGUGUUAUUUUUUUCUGUGAUGGGAUUUACACUAUAGUUGUUUACACUCUAUUUUUCCCAGACAAUCGUUUCCCAGCAUAUCCAUCCAAUACGUUAGUUUUAUUAUUAUGUCAAAAACAGUAAGUAACAUUUGUACUAAGCUGAUUUAUUUUUUUAUUAUAUUUGAUGUUUUUUUUAUUGCACUGUGAAAACAAUGUGUUUUUU